AGCUACGGGCCACGUGCAACUCGACAACUUGCGCUUAGUUCUUCACGAACUGUGUGGGAGGCUAGUACGCUACAUGAAUUAUACUCUCGAAUGUCAUGCGCUUUAGAGAGCGCACUGCGAAAAAGCGUUUUUCGCCCGCGAACGAAUCAUGCGUGUGUAAGUGUUGAGACCACGUGAUUUUGACAGUAGCAUCGUUUUAAUGCAGGUUAUUUGUGUAUUAACAACAGAGCUAUGUAUAGUAUGUAAUAGACGACAGUGAAAGUGUUUUAUUUUGCUGAUAACGAACGAAUACGAUGCAAUUUAUGAAACAAUGACCGUUUGAAUUAGAAGAUAUCGCGACCAGGGUGAUUUUUUUGGCGCAUUCAUAGACAAUGGAGUUUUUACGGGGCCUUUGGUGGAUUAUAUUCUUCAGUUCGACGACUUGCUCAGCCAACGAUGGACUAUUCGGAUCGAAAUUUCCAAACGACAUACCUGAGUACGAUUUGCUGCGAGCUAUCGGCGUUCCCUUCAGUAAUCCGAAGACGCAGUACUUCGAUGAGGGUCUCGACGGAUUUCCUGCGUACGGGCUCAAACCGGGUUCAGAUAUCAAAUCACCGUAUCGACUUUUCAUGCCCGAAAAGUUGUAUGCCGAAUUCUCGAUAACUGCAACCGUCCGACCGGCGAACAAAGAUGGCGGCUUCCUCUUUUCCGUCGUUAACCCUUUGGAAACCGUCGUACAACUUGGUGUUCAACUAAUACCGUCAGGCCCGGGACUGACUAACAUAUCUUUAUUGUACACAGACGCGAAUGUUUACGCUUUAUCACAGACUAUAGCAUCAUUUGUGGUACCGUCAUUUGCUAAGAAAUGGAGUAGGUUUGGCAUGAAAGUGACCACAGAUAACGUAACUUUGUUUUUAAAUUGUCACGAGUUUGACACAUUGGCGGUAAAGAGGAGCCCGCUAGAAUUGGUCUUCGAUUCGGCGUCGACGUUGUAUGUGGGACAAGCGGGGCCUUUAAUCCGGGGAGCUUUUCAUGGAGCGUUUCAAGAACUCAAGCUGUACGGAUCAUCAUCACAAGCUGAAGUACAAUGUGUCACUACAUUUGAGGAGAUCGGUAACGGCAGCGGUGGAGACGAAAUUGACAUUGACAAUUUUUUGGUGGACCAAGAGGAGGGGGAUGCCGAGGGGUCAGGUCGCUACGGUACCAUGCCGCCGCCCUUCCCACCCCUCCCGCCGGGACUUGAUGGAUAUUCACCGCGAAUGAGAGGAGAAAAAGGAGAUCGCGGACCUAGGGGACCACCUGGUGAAUCGAUUAGAGGCCCGCCAGGACCACCAGGACCUCCAGGUCCACCAGGGACCUCCGGAACUGUGCCAGUACAUGAGUUUUCUGGAUCAGGUGAUGGCCAAGUCUUUGGGGAACAUUAUGUGUCCCCAGGCCAGUGCAGUUGCAACGCGAGCGUUAUACUGUCACUGUUGGAAAAGGCCCCAGAGCUCCGAGGUCCACCUGGACCUCCCGGUGUGAUGGGGAUCGAAGGCAGGAUCGGCGCACCCGGCAUCGCGGGCCAGCCAGGGAUACCUGGUGAAAGAGGACCAGCGGGACUACGAGGAGAGAAAGGGGAGAGAGGGGAUGUAGGAUCACGUGGUCCUGAGGGCCAACCGGGUCCUAAAGGGGAGCCGGGGGUCGACGGCAGAACAGGUAGCCCUGGCCAACCAGGUCCACCCGGACCUCCUGGACCUUCAGACUAUAGUAAUUUCGAGGAAUCGCUUAUGGGAUCAUACGGUGGGGUACUCGGUCGACCUGGUGCUCCAGGACCUAAAGGAGAUGCCGGUCAACCGGGUCCAAUGGGGUUGCAAGGAGAAAGAGGUUUCACCGGACCUAAAGGAGAAAGAGGUCAACCGGGUCAGAACGGAGCUAAAGGUGACCGCGGGCACCCGGGUCCUCAAGGUGAUCGAGGACCUAAAGGUGAACGUGGCAGUCCAGGUCUCGAUGGACGUCCGGGCUUACCUGGGGCAAAUGGUAGAUCUGCCGAAAAAGGGGAAAAAGGUGAAAGAGGUUUACCUGGCCCGCCUGGCCCACCCACACCAGCAAUCGAUAGCUUGACUGGACGCAGCGAACUUUUAUUCGCUGGGCAACAGGAUAUGCAACUGGAAAAAGGUGAAAAGGGUGAAAAAGGAGCUCAAGGCAACGACGGUACUCCUGGUUUUCCGGGCAAGGAUGGAAAACCUGGUGAAAGAGGGGACAUCGGACCAUCAGGGAUGCCAGGAGUAGCCGGUCCUCCAGGUGUACCAGGUCUGAAGGGAGAUAAAGGAGAGAGAGGACCUCCAGGGCCAGUCAGCGUCACAACGUCAGGAUCCGAUAUUUUGACUAUAAAGGGAGACAAAGGAGAGCCUGGUGUUCGCGGGAGAAGGGGUAGGCCGGGCCCUCCUGGGCCUCGAGGGCUUCAAGGUAUCCAAGGCCCUCCGGGGACCCCUGGAAGGACAGGCGAAAAGGGAGAAACAGGCCUGCCUGGCUGGAUGGGACGACCGGGAACACUUGGUCCCCCGGGUACACCGGGACCUGCCGGGCCCAAGGGAGAAAAAGGGGACCCUGGAGGUAACAUUCUCGACGUAUCAAUGUUUAAAGGCGAGAAAGGUGAUCGCGGUCUAGAAGGUACGCCUGGGACCAAAGGUGAUCAAGGACCACCGGGUCCCCCUGGUACUUCAGGGUUGAGGUCCGAAGCCGUGCAAUACGUGCCUGGUCCUCCAGGACCACCGGGACCGCCAGGACCACCCGGUUCUCCAGGCGUAUCUAUCGUAGGACCAAAAGGCGAGCCAGGACAAAGCUAUUACGAAGAAUAUCCAACUCACGGCAGCACCAAAUUUUAUGGAAAACCAAUCGCAAAGAGUCCUUUGGAUGAGCUCAAAGCUUUGCGAGAACUCAAAGAUCUCAAAGACAGAUCUAGAGAUCGCGGAACUUUUGCCACUACUGAAUCGAGGAGUCAUCAUGAAGAAAGUAUUCCAAAACCUGCUCCAACAGUACCAAGCGCUGCUGUAUUCCAAACUACUGAAGAAAUGAUGAGACUUGCGUCAACAAGUCCAGUGGGUGCACUGGCUUAUGUUGCUGAGGAACAAGCGCUCUUCGUUAAAGUUAAUUCUGGAUGGCAAUAUGUUCUGCUCGGUUCGUUGGUGACACAAUCGGCUCCGUCACCGCCCGCGCCAACAACGCCGACGCAUCUGUUGCCAGCAGCGAGUCUGGUCCACUUGCCUAUUCUCACCAACUUAGUUGAGAAUUCCCCGCCUGCGACAUCACUAGGACCCACUUUGCGACUUGCCGCUCUCAAUGAGCCGCUCUCGGGCGACAUGCACGGCGUGCGGCGCGCGGAUUAUGCCUGCUACAGACAGGCUCGUCGCGCUGGAUUCAAGGGUACAUUCAAAGCUCUACUCACCAGUAGAAUCCAAAACCUAGACUCGACGGUGCGUUACUCGGACCGUCAUUUGCCCGUGGUGAACACACGAGGCGAGUUGUUGUUCAAGUCAUUCGCUGAGAUCUUCGAUGGUAGUGGAGGUCUCAUGUCCGGGGCGCCUAGGAUAUACAGUUUCAACGAUAAGAACAUCAUGGCUGACUCUAACUGGCCACAAAAGUUCAUAUGGCAUGGGUCAUAUGUGAAUGGAGAACGGGCGAUGGAGACGUUCUGCGACGAAUGGCAGAGCAAUGACCCGAAGUCGCGAGGAAUGGCGGCUUCUCUUUACUCCCACAAGCUACUCAAUCAAGAAAGAUACACGUGCAACAAUCAUUUCGCAGUAUUAUGUAUUGAAGCAACAUCCCACGUUAGUAACAGAAGAAAAAGAGCAACAAGAAGAUACAACGGUACGAGUUUAAUUGAUGACGAGGACUAUCUUUACAAUGCGGAGGAGUAUCAACAAUUAUUAAGUGACAUUUUUGCUCAACCCUAUAGAGAAAUAUGAAACUAAAUACAUACAUGUAUUCAAUGUUAACUGAAAAAUAUAAAUAUUUGUUUGCUAUCAAACAAAUGCUACGUAAUUAUGAGAUUAAUUGAGUUGCUUAGUGUUCGAUUGAGAUUCCUAUUAAAAUUAAUAUUACGAUACUCAGAGUUUGGAGUAAAAAAGUGUUAGUAGAUGCUUGUAUGUUUUUUAUCAAAAUUCAUACAUAAUAGUUGGUUGUAAUUAGUUAAAGAAUGCGAUCGAAUUUCUUGUGAUUCCAAGAAUUUAAUUUGAGACUGUAAAUAUUGCUUUUACGUUUGGUGUAGUUUGGUUAUUUUAUUUAAAAUCUACUUGUAUUAAAGCAACGAUAUUCUUAAUAAGGGGACUUGCAAACGGCUUAAAAAGAAUAUAGUGUUAAAUAGUUAUAAGACGCAACAAUAUUGUCGAAUUAAAAUUUGACAAAUUAAUAGCCUGAACUUCAAAACCUAUAGUUCUGUCCACCAAAGAAACCUAAAAUAAUAUGAGAAAUACUAAACAAUUAAAACAUUUAUUCUAAUAAUUGCUGGGCGCUAU